CUUCUUAAAAUGCUUGUGUCUUCCUCAACACGCGCCACUUUCUCUCUCUGCACACACACAUACAGGGAGAGACAGAAAUAGAAAACACACGCAAGAUUAAUUCAUUAGUGUAUCUCUCGCUCUAUUUCUUUUAUCGUCUGUUUAGGUCUAGGGUUUUGAAAUAUUUGCUUCUGUCACCAUGUCAUUCUCUGUGGGACGAACUAGUAUUGUUUGAGCAGUCAUCAUAGUCUCAAGUUCUUUCGGAUUAGGCUAUCAGAUUGAACGAGGGAGGACGAAAUUGAUGCAAGAGAUGUUGUGAUUGGAUUUUAUUUCUACAUUUUGGUUUUAUUUGGAUCAUGGAGAACGGUCACGAUGGGAAAUUAGCAAAUAAGAUGUCGGUAUUAGCACUGAAUGAUUCAGCGUCUUCGUCUCCCAAUUUUAAUUUCAAUGAUAAUAAUAGUAACGCCACUACCGCUGCAACUACUACCACCACCACCAACAAUAAUAAUGAUAGCUUGUUUCAGGUUAUGCAAGCUGUAGAGGCUGCUGAGGCCACCAUCAGACAACAGGUAGAAGAGAAUGUGCGAUUAAGGUCUGCACUUCAGAAAAAAAUUCAGGAACUCGAAAAAUAUAAAAUGGAUGAAUCAAUGGCACAAAGAUCUCAUUACGUUGAUCAAUGGAAUGAGCGGGUUGAUGGCCCUUAUGAAGUUCAUCCAUCUGGUGGAUUGGUUCUCCACCACGAUAUAACACUUAAUAUAGAGGAUCCUGCCACAAAGAAUCAGGUGGAAAGCCCUUCUGAUAGCAGCAAGAUUAAUGGGACAUUGAAGGUACUUCCUGGAGGGCAGGCACCUGCUGAUAACACUGGUCUCUCUCAGUUAUCUUCACCAUCCACAGCAUCAUUUUCCCCAAGAAGGUAUCAAAUGGAAGGAGAAUAUGAUCCUCAGUUCAAUUUGUCUGGGCAUGGGCAAAUGCAAAUGUCUGAAGUAAAUAACCCUAGUGGUCUCUGGAAGCAGGAUUUUGUUUUCAAGAUUCGGGAGCAUGAAGAAGAGAUCUUUCAGUUAAGGAAGCAUCUUUCUGACUAUUCUGUGAAGGAAGCACAAAUACGCAAUGAAAAAUAUGUUCUGGAAAAGCGAAUUGCUUAUAUGCGUCUGGCCUUCGAUCAACAGCAACAGGACCUUGUUGAUACUGCAUCAAAAGCUCUCUCAUAUAGACAAGACAUAAUUGAUGAGAAUAUAUGUCUGACAUAUGAAUUGCAGGCUGCACAGCAAGAAAGGUCGACAUUUGUUUCAUCAUUGCUGCCCCUUCUUUCUGAGUAUUCUUUGCAGCCACCAAUUCCAGAUGCCCAGUCUAUUGUUAGCAAUGUCAGGGUUCUGUUCAGACAUCUCCAGGAGAAGCUCAUUCAAACUGAGUCUAAGCUCAAAGAAUACCAGUAUCAAUUGGCACCCUGGCAUUCUGAUGUGAACCACUCAAAUACUGCUCCUCAGUCGCCAUCUCAUUCUGCUGGUGUGGCAUUGAACAAAGUUGGGCUUGAAUUGGUGUCACAGCCUACACAUUCCCUUGGAACGUUACCAAUAACUACCCCUGAUGCACAGACAUCAGAUUGGGGUCGGGACCUAUUGAGUCACCGACAAAGAGGUUUAAGAGGUGCUGUUGCAAAAAAUCUAGAACCAGAUGAUGUGGGGAGAUAUUCACCUCUUGCAAGCAGGAACUCUGUGAUACAUGAUAUACCAGCACAGUUUGCAGUUAGUAGUGGUGAUAAUAGCCGUGCUGUACAUUCUGGUGAAGCAAUCACUAAUAAAGAAGUUAAAUUCCAUGACACUGUUAGCAACAAUGAGAUGGAUAAUCCAGAUGCAGAGGGGCAACAGAAUGAGAGAGAACCAUCAGUCAGUUGGGGUACUACCGCCCUUGAUGAUUCUAGUUCCUCGUAUUCACCUUACCUACCUCCCGUUCUUGAGGAACAUUCUUCAUCCUUUUCUGAGGCUGCAGAAGAUGAUCCAUUGCCAGGUAUUGAGGGUCUUCGAAUUUCAGGUGAAGCAUUUCCUGGACGAGAACUCCAGGCAUGUGGAUAUUCUAUCAAUGGAACAACUAGUUGUAAUUUUGAGUGGGUACGCCAUUUGGAAGAUGGAUCUGUUGAUUAUAUUGAUGGAGCAAAACAACCAAACUAUCUUGUUACUGCUGAUGAUGUUGAUACUUACCUUGCUAUAGAAGUCCAGCCUCUGGAUGACAGGAAGCGCAAGGGAGAGCUUGUAAAGGUGUUCACAAAUGAGCAGAGAAAAAUAAUUUGUGAUCCUGAAAUGCAAAAUCAUAUUGAGAAAACUCUGUAUAGUGGUCAUGCUUCGUAUAAAGUAUCCUUGUCGACUGGAUACCUUGGUAUAUGGGAACCAGCCACUUUGGCCAUUAAGAGAGAAGGUUACAACAUUAAGUAUGGUGGAUCCAGUGGUGUUGUAGUUACAGAGAAGUUUUCCCCAAACACAAGUGUUGCAAUCCCAUAUGGACAGCCUACGGAAUUUAUACUUACCAGUUCUAGUGGUGUUCAGCAUGUCUUAAGAGUGGAUAGCAACUCAAUGGAUGUUAGCUGUUCAAGAGACACAAUUGUGAUCACCUUGAGAUUAUUUAUCAUGCGGGCUGGUGAAAGAAGAAAAGUGAAGAAAGAGUCUAUUCUUUCACAAGUGAGGCACAUAUUAUUGUUAUUGAUAUAAAUUUUUUCAGCUGGUCCAGCUUGGGAAUAGCAUAUUUGCUGUCUCAUGUGUGUAUAGUGGUGCAUUUUGAGGAUCAACUUUGCUGCCUAAAUUCUGAGUAGGUUGCUUUAUCUCUGUAUUUUGUACAGCCGAUUUGUUGUAACUGCACAUUUCAAGUUAAAUGUUUAUUUUUGUUUCGUUA